AAAUCAUAGAAUUCCUGAGAAUUAUAGAAUCCCGGAGGAGACCGAUGCGCAGUCGUGACAUCGGAGAAAGCUCGCAAUUAUCGUCGUCAGGAAAAUCGAAAGCUCAGCUCGCUGCUGCCCUGAUCAUGGCACCUGACAUAUCGGCAGAUAGCGGCAGCAGAUGUGCUCCGACAUCCGUUGCGCUCGUCGAGACGCUGCUCUGAUAUGAGGGCACGUUAUGUUAGCCGCUAGAAGUCUCGCACGUAUGUCCGGGUGUCACUGAGGGGAAUCUCCUAUGUAGACGGCUCUACCUCUAGGCGGCCAAGAGCAAGUCCUGUCCGACCGCGGAUUUACAAAACGCGCACCUUGUUGUGUUGAAAGCUGCGAACGAUGUUGCCGAACUUGGCCGCUGGCUGAUAUUCGGCGGCACUUCUUGACAGCAGGAUACGACGUCUAUGUCCGUCGCGGUAACCGCGGCGAAGAAAUGCCACCCGUCACAUUGUACCUCAAACCGGGUCUCGAUACCUCUCGCGAGGAAUCGUGUCGGGAUGUCUUGUGUCUUCCUAAUACCAGCCUGACCAUCCUCAAUCCAUGCCAGGGGUCGCCGAAAUGUCCCGUUGUGGGCGCUACAUGAGCCGAUGUGGUGGGACGGCGCAGAGCCUGCCACGCUUGCCUCAUGUGCGCACAGUGACCUGUGGCAUAACCGGCUGCUCCUAAUUUUCCUGCAUUUGAAGUGCAUACCAACGGUCGGAGAGCACCCAGCAAGGAGUUUCGACCGCUUCAGCACUCCUUGGAUGGUCGGAUGGAUCGCGUGCCUCUUGCCGGCGACGGCAUUUGCACCACUUCUGCCGGAACUUUCGCCGGAAUACUGGUCUUAGUCGGGGGUCAGUGAUCGAAUUGGCUGCUCGCCAUGUUCCAAAUGGCGUUUCUCAUCUUGAC